AUGUCUCGCGGUGCACAGACGAAAGACGAGCCCAUCGACGUGGGGCCGCGCAGCAGUCUGCCCAGCGACGGCAGGGCCGCCGACACAGGCCCUCUGGAGCCGGCGCAGAAGAAAAGAAGGGUCAAGAAGUUCAGGGCGACCCACAAGCGCGACGACUCUGCUCCUUCUGACGUGCGCACGGCGUCGCCGUCGCCAGCGGCCCAGAGCCUCGUCGGCCUGAACCAGGAGCAGAAGGACGAGAUCAUCCGGCAGAAGUACAACGAGCAGACGCACCACGCGCGCAAAAGCCGCCGCACAGAGUCCAAGAUCUACAAGCUGCGCUCGUUCAACAACUGCAUCAAAUACAUCCUGAUCUACAAGUACGCGCGGCCGGGGGGCAACGUGCUGGACCUGGGGUGCGGCAAGGGCGGCGACAUGGCGAAAUGGGAGGCUGUGCAGACAAGGUCGUACGUCGGCAUCGAUCUGUCGGACCUUUCGAUCAAGGAGGCCGUCACGCGCUACAAGCGCUCGCGUUUCCACUUCCAGGCGGUCUUCGCCACGGGAGACGCGUUCAACGUGCCCGUGCCGCAGAUCCUGAAGGACUUCCGCGACCAGGUGGACCUCCAGUUCGACACCGUGUCGAUGCAGUUCUGCAUGCACUACGCUUUCGACUCGGAGCUGACCGUGCGCAACAUGCUGCAGAACGUGGCCCGGUCGCUCAAGGUGGGCGGCAUGUUCAUUGGGACGAUCCCGUCGUCCGACUUCAUCCGCUGGAAAGUCAACAAGCUGGGGCCUGGCGAGCGCAAAUGGGGCAACUCGAUCUACUCGGUCGAGUUCCCGUCGGAGCCGCCCAAGGACGCCAAGUUUGCGAAUCCGUUCGGCAACGUGUACAACUACUAUCUCGUCGACGCCGUCGACAACGUGCCGGAGUACGUCGUGCCGUUCGAGACGUUCCGUGCGCUGUGCGAGUCGUACAACCUGGAGCUGCGGUACAAAAAGAACUUCUUCGAGCUCUUCAACAAGGAGAUCCCCAACUACUUCAGGCAGCUGCCGACGCCCGUCGUGGAGUCGCUGCGGCGCGAGGACGGCUCGUACGGCGUCAGCGGCGAGGACAGGGACGCGUGCUCGUUCUACCUCGCGUUUGCGUUCGAAAAAGUCGGCGCAUAG